AUGGGCUCCAGGUUCCUCUGCUGGGUGGCCCUCUGCCUGCUGGGGGCAGGCCCAGUGGGUUCCGGAGUCACCCAGACCCCAAGACACCUGAUCAAAGCGCCAGGACAGCAGGUGACGCUGAGCUGUUCCCCCCAUUCUGAACACCUCUCUGUGUACUGGUACAAACAGGCCUGGGGCCAGGGCCCCCAGUUCCUCCUUCAAUAUUAUGACGGGAAAGAGAGACAGAAAGGCAAUAUUCCCCGUCGAUUUUCAGGUCAACAGUUCCCUGACUACCACUCAGAGCUAAACCUGAGUGAGCUGGAGGCAGGAGACUCAGCCAUGUUCCUCUGUGCCAGCAGCUUGGCGUGGUCACUGGGGCAGGCUGCUCUGGGGCCAGGCUGGGACAGGAGGGUGACAUCUCAAAGGACCCCUCCAGAGUCCAUUCCUGCCAUGCGCCUCCUGUGCACUGUGGUCCUGGCUGUCCUCGGGGCAGGGCACAUGGAUGCUGCCAUCACCCAGACCCCGAGGCACCAGAUCACAAGGACAGGAGGGAAGGUGACUCUUCAAUGUGCCCAGGACAUGAACCACUACUCCAUGUACUGGUACCGACACGACCCGGGACUGGGCCUGCGGCUCAUCCACUACUCUACCGAUGUUGAUGAUACCAACAAAGGUGACAUCCCAGAUGGGUACAAUGUCUCCAGAUCAAACAAGGAGCACUUCCCCCUCACGGUGAAGUCGGCGAUCCCCUCACAGACAGCUGUGUACUUCUGUGCCAGCAGUGCCUCCACAGUACUGCACGGCCACCCCAGCCCCUCACAAAAAGGGCUCAGGAGGCCCUCACAGCCUACUCAGCUUGGGGACCUCAGAGUUGGGGUGGUAGGUUCAGGGACAUCUGCACCUGCUGAGGUCCACCUCCAGGCCCCUCUCAGCCGGCCAGGACGUAGUGAUGGGAAAUGCGCAGAGAUGCAGUUGUCCUUUGAGGACCGCUUCAGUCCUGUUGUUAUCUCUGAUCUGCAGAACACCGUGUCAGCUUUCCAGCUGAACAUCCUCACCCUGCAUUCCAUGGACCCACAGACUCAGCACGUGCACUGCGCCUGCGCCAUUCUGCUCAAGGAGCCUCUCAGGAGAUCCCUGGCCCAGCAACGUCUCCAGUCCUGCCUGACCCACCAUGGAGUCCAGGCUCCUCUGCUGGGCAGCCAUCUGCCUCCUGGUGGCAGAAGCCCCCGGGUGGCAGACAAGUUUGUGUUCCACUACUAA